CCCAUCAACUACACAAAUUUCACAGGAAUUGCAAAAUGUGUUCAAUGCUUUCUCGGACACACCUACCGAAAACAGGUCUUAUGUGAACACUUCUAAUUUGGAAUCUACAAUUCCACUGAAGCAGAAAAAUGUGAGUGAAAGUAGGAGGCAGUAUAGAGGAUGUCAUGUAAUCGGAUUAUGGAGUUACAGUUUAGUACCGUACAGGGCUUUUCCUCUACAUAACGGCAACAGUGGAUACGCUGCCAGCUUCUGCUUUGAACAUUGUUCUUAAAUUCAGAAACGCAGGACAAAAAAAAAAAAACAAAAAAAAAACUUCAUGUGAGUUUCAUUUUGAGCUGAUAUUCCUGAUAUUCCUGUAAUACUACAACGUUUACAUUCGGAGUAUAAGUGAAUGAAUAAGUGUGGCAAUAAUCUAUCCGAAACAAGAAGAAGCAACGGCGGCUCUAAACAAAUGAACGGAGCUCUAAACAAACAAACUUUUUAGUACAUCCUAAACAUUUUAAUGUUGGCAAAAACAACACAGCCGUAAGUGGGCCAUAUGCAUCAUUCUGGCUACGGGAGCGUUUUAAUUUAGAGGCUAAAUGGUUUUAAUAACGGACGAAAAUGAUGGCGGAGGCUCCUCUCCAGGCAAAAUCAAACGGAUUCAGCACUCAAAAAUUACUGGUACCACAGCCCAAGUUUAUCCUACAAUAACGGAGGAGCCGCUUGACAUUGCAAACGAUCAUGAUGAGUAUCUCGGUUCUUAUCUGUCGGUGUGUGACGAGGAGGACUAUGAGGAGUAUGACCAAUUCUCCACUUUGCCGGAUAAGAAGAGUGUUAUUUCGGACGAUUCUUUUUAUCCACCGGACAGUGAUUUUGCGGACUCCGAGAGGACACCGUCUCCGGCCAGUCCACAGACGUUGUCCUUCUUUCAAGCAUGUUGCAACAACAAUGCAGAUGCUAUAAAGAUCAAAAUACGGCAGGGUGUGACAAAGGAACAGGUUCUAGAAACGGACAAAAAUAGCAGGACUGGGCUGAUGGUGGCCUGUUACCAUGGCUACAUGGAUGUGGUCAUUGCACUUUCCCAGUGUCCUCAUCUGGAUGUGAACUGGCAGGACACAGAAGGCAACACAGCCCUCAUCACGGCUGCUCAGGCAGGGCAUGCCACAAUCACUAACUACCUGCUCAACUACUUUUCGGGCCUGGACAUUGAGAAGAGCAACUGCCAUGGUUUCACGGCACUGAUGAAAGCCGCCAUGCAGGGGCGAGUGGACUGUGUCCGUGCUCUGAUCAUGGCAGGAGCUGAUCUACAAGCCAGAGAUGAUGGGCGUAGCCUCACCCCCCGCGAAUGGGCCUUGUUCACCGGCCGCUAUGAGACGGCCUUCGUCAUGCAGCAGCUGAACCAGCAGCCCUGCCCGGAGCAGUGCCGCGAGUCCUACCGGCCCGAGUGGCCCCUGCUACCGGCCCUGGUGGACAAUGCGCAGCGGCCCAAAGGCUGCAUCCAGAAGAUCUCCGAGGUGCUGCGCAAUGUCUUCAACGUCGGCAACGUCACGGAAGCCAGGAAGGACGGCGUCCUGGACCACAUGGUGCACGUGACCACGGCGCUCGGCAGCCCCUUUGUCGCUGUGGCGUGCCGGACGGUGUGCCCCGGGAGCCCGCCGUGCGUGGGCAAGCGCCGCUACUCAGUCCAGGAGAUCCUGAAGCAGGAGCGGCUGCAGAGCAUGAAAGACUUCGGGCCGGCAAACCCGGACAACCCCUGCGUCCUGCUGGGGCCUAAAAGCCCGGACUGGUGCACCGGCCUGCAGCUCUGCACCACCUGCGACCCAGACAAGGCUUGUCCCCCGGCACCCCGCAGGUCUCCACUCCACCGGGUGCGCAGGAGCAGCGUGCAGCCGGGCCUGAUGCUGCCCAAACUCAGGAUCUCCAGGGCCCCGACCCCCACGUAUAAGCCUGAACCAGAGCGGAAGAAGAACGGAGGCAGGAGUGGGCAGUUCCUGCAGGUCCCCAAAUGGAGGUACAAGGAACUGAAGGAGGAAAGGAAGAAAGCAGAGGAGGCGGAGAGGAAAAGGUUGGAGGUGGUCACCAGGAGACACCUGCACUCGGGCAAACGGAAGUAACGACAAUUCUGCCACCGCUGUGCACACACUAACCUUCUGAGCAUCUGCCAGGGCAUGAAGGCCUUUCCAUACUUGAAAUGUUUGAAAGUAAUUAUUUUCAUAUUUAUUGUUCAUAACCUUUGAUUCAGAGGGUCAGUCUCAAAAUAAUUACAUUCCAUUGUAUUGGGUCCAUGGCUAAAAUAUGUACACUACCAGCAUAAAUAUCUAACUGAAGGUCACAGCCUUCCUAUAAAGUAUGUUCAUACUUUUGCUUGUAUUUCUGAACAUAGAAGACAAAUUCUUAUCUUUAUCAAUAGUGUUAUAAAAAUGUAAUAAAUAUCAGCAAUGUUAUACUUUUUGCAGUAGUUAUUUACUCCAGCUGGCAUUCCCUUAUAUCGUAACAGUCUCAGGUUUUAAAAAAAAGUUAUACAGUAUGCAAAUUCAUUUUUCAAUAUGCAAAUUUGAUUGGAAUAUUCAGGCUUCCUCAUUAUCCAUGUGGCAGAACCACUGUGCCUCUUUAUCCAUGUCUUGAUAUUCUUCCUCCCUCCCUCACACACACACACACAACCAGCUUGACCCUACAGUCUGAUGACCAGUUGUCGAGCAAGAUUAUUGUGUUUACAGCAUCUAAAAUGUAUGUCCAGGAAUGCUCAGUAAAAUGUAUCUCAGCGAAUGUGAAAUAAAAGUCUGCAGUACUGAAGAAUGGAGAGAGAUGCUUUUCUUUGUAUUAUACAUAAUUAAAUAAAUCAUGGAUAGGGAAGGAAAAGGUUUCCAGCGUAGGCAGACAAAGCUGUUGCAGGCUCAGCAUUUCUGCAGCUGAGGAAUGGGAAGC